AUGAGCGGCGAUAGAGGGUUUCGAGGAGGAAGAGGUGGAAGAGGAGGGAGAGGACAAAUCAUUCGUCCGGUUUUGGAAGGAACGCGAAUCGCCAUCGACAAACAACUCGCGGAAUUUCGCGCAAACGUCGAUUGCGAUGAGAUUGUUUUCCCCGCGGAUUUAUCCAAUCACGAUCGAGCGAUAGUGCACACGGAGUGUAAGAAGUUGGGAUUGAAAUCUAAAUCGCACGGCAAAGGGGAGGAGAGAAGAGUACACGUGACGAAGCCGGAUAAGUUCAUAGCCGUCGAUGCGGACGAUUCGAGAACUCUGAAUCUCUCGGAAAAGGGGGCAAGACAGUUGAACGAGUAUUUUUCCAAGUUUCCACCGUCAUCCAACGAGCUCGAAAUGGCAUCGAGAGGAACGUUAGAUGUCGCGUGGGAGGAUGAAAAUACCAAAUCUCGAGCCGAAAAUAACAACAACAAUGCCACGACUACUACCGCGAGGAAACCGUACACGGAUGCGUUUUUAACUACUUUCGGCAAUAACGUCGAUUACAAGCGUUUGCACGAAGAGUUAGAACACAAACGAACGCACGUCCACGAACUCGCUCAGAUUUCAAUGAAACGACAAACUCUCCCGGUAUUCAAAUACAAAGAUGAAAUCAUUGAAAGAGUGAACGCGAACCAAGUCGUUCUGCUCGCGGGUUCCACCGGCUGCGGCAAGACGACGCAAGUGCCGCAGUUUUUACUCGACGACUGCUGGGCAAAUGGGAAACCGGCGAAAAUUAUAUGCACUCAACCGCGAAGAAUAUCGGCAAUGACCGUUUCUGAUCGUAUUGCGAGCGAACGCGGCGAAAAUAUCGGCGAAGGAACCGUAGGGUAUCAGAUUCGGCUUGAAUCGAAGAUUUCGAAAGCGUGUAGUCUUUUGCUCGUCACGACGGGUGUUUUGCUCAGACGUUUGACUUCUGAAGGCGCGGAUGCGUAUUUAUCGUCAUUAACACACAUAAUCAUCGACGAACUUCACGAACGCGAUCGAUUCGCUGAUUUUUUGAUGAUUGUUUUGAAAGACGUGUUGCCAAAGUAUCCAAACUUGAAGCUGAUUUUGAUGUCCGCGACGAUGCGAGAAGAUUUGUUUUCGAACUAUUUCGACGACUGCCCAGUGAUUAAAGUUCCAGGAUUUAUCCACCCAGUUCGUGAAUACCAUUUAGAAGAUGUUCUAGCGUUUACAAAUUGGGGCGGAAACAACGCGGGGCUCGCGAAUCCUCAGCCGUCAAAGCAUAGAAAAGUAGAUGCUUCUUCUUCUUUUUCUUCUCAACAACAACAACAACAACAACAACAACAAGAACCUUCGACAUCGGAAGCUUCGGAGAUGAUGCGUGCGGCGAUUGAAAAUGCCUUCGUUGCGCCGUCGGACGAAACUUUCGAUUGGUUGUUACAAUGCGCGGCGCAAUCGAAAGAUGAAGAUUUGGUGAACGUGCAGCAUUCCGCGACGGGCGCGACGGCUUUAAUGGCUGCGGCUGGUAGAAAUCGCACGAUGGAAGUCAGUCAGCUCUUGCAACUCGGCGCAAACGUAAACUUGAAAUCUCAAAACGGCAUGUUAGCAUCGGAUUGGGCGGAGCGAUUCGAACACGAAGAUUUAGCCUCACAACUUCGCGAGUUAGAAAGUACUCCAGGUAAUAACGACGUCGCCAUGAUGGAAGAAGACGGUGCGGCGAGAGAUGGUUCUUUUGAUGGACCGGUAGUUUUAGACGAAGCCGCUUUGAUGCGCUUAUCAAAGUACCAGUUAGAAUCUGAUCCCGAUGAAGUUGACGUAGAUUUAGUUUGCUCGCUCGUCAAGCACGUGCACGAGAAGAAUCGAGCGAAACCAGACGGCGCUAUACUUGUGUUUUUGCCGGGAUGGGAUGAAAUUUCAAAGAUUAAGGAUGCGCUGAGCGACCAAGCCGGUCUGACCGAUGUCCAAAUCAUGCCACUCCACUCGAUGGUGUCUCCGCAAGACCAACGCAAAGUGUUUCAAAAACCACCGCGAGGCGUUCGUAAAGUUGUGCUAUCGACGAACAUCGCGGAAACGGCGGUCACUAUUGACGACGUCGUAUACGUCAUCGAUUCUGGAAAACUCAAAGAGAAAGGAUACGACGCGUACACGGCCGUUUCAACGUUGCACCAAACGUGGAUUUCCAAAGCUUCCGCGACGCAAAGAAAAGGUCGCGCCGGUCGAGUCCGUCCAGGAGAAGUGUAUCGCUUAUUUUCAAAGUCGCGGUUCGAAGCCUUUGCGGAGUUUCAGCUCCCAGAAAUGCAGCGUUCACCAUUGGAAGAGAUUUGCUUACAAGUAAAGAUGAUGCAGGAAACCCUUCGCGGUAUGAUUCACAGCAACGGCGCCCCGUCGCCAACGUGUGCCUCGUUUUUGAAACGAGCUGUGGAAGCCCCCCUUCCGCAAGCUGUAGAUUCUGCCGUAACGCUUCUGAUUGAUAUUGGCGCCUUCACGUCUGCCGAGGAAGACGAAAGAAUAACGCGAUUGGGUCGUCAUCUAGCUGAUUUGCCUUUACAUCCCCGCGUCGGCAAAAUGUUGUUGUACGCCUCGCUCCUCGGUGUUUUGGAUCCAAUUCUAACCAUCGCGUGUGCGGGCGCAUACAGGCCUCCCUUUAUCAUCGGAACGGAUAGUGGACGUCAGAAUGCGAAUCGCGCCAAGAAAGGUUUUUCCGAUGCGCUUGGUGGAGGAUCCGAUCACUUGGCCAUCGUUCAAGCGUUCAAAGAGUGGGAAGUCGCGUGUCGAAACGGACGGCAAGCCGAGAAUCAAUUUUUGUGGAACAACUCUUUGUCGGGGUCGACUUUGCAUAUGAUUAAAGGCAUGCGCAUGCAAUUAAUAACGGCGUUGACCCAGCGAGGUUUCAUCCAAAACUUACAAUCUGCGUCGUACAACACGAACGCGACUUCGUUAGUGCGUUCUGUUUUGGCCGUAGGCAUGUACCCUCUGGUUGGAAGAAUGCUUCCUCAAUGUCGAGCGCCAACGCUUGGGACUUUGAAAGGUGAACGCGUACGAAUUCAUCCAGGCUCGGUGAACGCGCGGUUUGAAUUUUCGCAAGACGAAUUGGAGAACACUUCGUCGUCAACAACAACGUUGGCGUGUUUCGAAGAGAUUACGCGAAACGAAUCGAACAUGUACGUGAGAGAUUCAACGCUGAUAUCGGGAACGAGUUUAGUUUUGAUUGCAAAUACGGUAAAAGUUGAAGCCGAUCCUCCGGUAGUCGAUCCGCUCACCGGCGAGUCGUUUCCGAAACCAGGCGUACCAUCGGCUCUUUUAAACGUCGACGAUUGGAUUUCGUUUCGAGUGCCAUUGACGCAAAUCGCGCAGUUAUGCACGCUGCGAUUGCGUUUAUUCAAAGCGUUCGCUUCUCGCGUUGAACGCACGAAAAAACCGCUCGCAGCGAAUUUACAACAGUGUUUACACACAACGUCUAUCGUAUUAGCGGACUCUGAUCACAACUUGCUCGGCGCUAGAAACCAAUACAUACAGAGAGGCGGAGGAGGAAGAGGCGGUGGGAGAGGCUUUUAUUCCGGUGGACGAGGCGGGAAUAAUCAAAACUUUGUGCCUCCACCGCCUUCUUCUUCUCAGUUUAACGGUUCUGGCGACGGUAGAGGCGGAGGUCGUGGACGGGGUCGUGGAAGAGGACGGGGAAGGUACUGA